UUAGAAUAUUGAGAUGGAACACCUGUUUAAAAUAGAAGUAAUUAAUUGGCCAGCCUAACAACCAAAAGCACACUAUCUUCUCUUAUAUAAGCCUUCACCAUCUGCAACAACCCACAAACCAAGCCUCCCAUAUUUGACAUAAGGCAAAUUAACAUGUCCUGUCCAGCAAUUGGUGCCACCACCCAAAUAACAAAUGGUGUUACCUCUGUUGACUGCCAGAAACAUGUCCGGUCAUGGCGGCUUCUGCGUUCCAUUAUGGAACUCCUUAUCCCAAGUUGCUACUGCACCUUCAUUGAAGACCAAGAAAUCAAACAGGAUUGCCUUCACAGCUAUUAUCCAAAGCAUUUUUACAAUUCUUCUAGUGUAAUUGCAGGUACCGUCUUUGGUUAUCUCAGGGGAAAAGUCAGCUUUUGUAUCCAAGCAAACUCCAAGUCCACCAACCCAAUUCUCCUCCUUGAAUUUGCGGUCCUUACAGCAGUUUUGGCUAGAGAAAUGCAAGGUGAUAUCCUCCGAAUUGCUCUGGAUUGUUCCAGUUCACGGAAUAAAGGAAAUUCUGAUUCUGUUUUGUCCAUGCCAGCGUGGACUAUGUACUGUAAUGGAUGGAAAGUUGGCUAUGCAGUUAAGCGGAGGCCAUCAAAGGCUAAUAUGGAUGCAUUAAGGCAAAUGAGUUCAGAUGUUGUUGGCGCAGGAAUGAUUACUGGAAAGGAACUUGAUCGUGACUAUGAACUUAUGUACCUGAGGGCUAACUUUGAGAGAGUUUGUGGUUCAUCUGAUUCUGAAUCUUUCCAUUUGAUUGAUCCAGAAAGGAACGUUGGUCAGGAAUUUAGUAUUUUCUUUUUCCGGUCACAGUGACCUUGGUUCUAGUUCAUCCACAGA